GCCAGCCUCUACGCCCAGAGCUGGCUGCAGUCGGAGCUGAAGUGGGAGAAGGAGGCGGCGAAGACUGCCGCGCCCUCGCCGCUCGCCACGCUGGCAGGUCUGGUUGGCGAUCCCACGCAAAUCUCGGAGGCGCUGCACCUUCCUCCGCAGGAGGCGGCGGCCCAGGCCGUGUCCAGCAUCCUCCGGGCUGCCAAGAAGGAGGCUGGAGAGAUGUUGGUGUCGGAGGUCGAGGUAGCCUUGACAAAGCUCGAGACUGAAA